AUGGCGGCCGCGGCGCCUGAGGCGGGAGGCGCCGCCGGGACCCUCGUGGCGCCGCCGCCGCCUCCGCCGCCUCCUCCUUGGCGGCCCCGGGCGGGCAAGGCCCCCGGCAGCGCGACUCAGAGACUGGACAAGGCAGCGGCCGUGGAGAAAAGGGGACCGUACAUCAUGGCCCGGCCACCUUCCAUCCAUGCCAAGCUACAGAAGCACCGGGACCUGGCGAAGGCUGCCCUGCGGAGGAAAGGAAUAUUGGGAGGUGCCGCUCCAUGCAAUCCAAAAUCUUCAGGAAAAAGGUCAGUGAAGUUUAACAAGGGCUAUGUCCCUCUCAGCCAGAGUGCAGAUGAAAACCUGGUGUCUCUCGAUUCAGACAGUGACGGGGAGCUGGAAUCCAGGAACUCCUCCGGUUACUCCUCUGCUGAGCAGGUGAACCAGGAUCUGAGCCGGCAGCUGCUUCAGGACGGGUAUCACCUGGAUGAGAUCCCAGAUGACGAAGACCUGGACCUCAUUCCCCCGAAGCCCAUGGCUACCGCCUCCUGCCCCUGCUGUGGCUGCUUUGGAGAGUCCUUCUCCUGCUCCAUCCAGUAGGCGUUGCUGGGUAGGGUGGGGACGACCCAGGAUGGGGGCCGGCCUCUCGGCAGGGCCCGAGAAGCCCUGGCCAUCUCCUUCCCCGACCUGUUUCAGAUCUCUCGGUGGGGACGGCUAUUAAUACCAAUCUCAUCCGGAGCCAGAGAACCCAAAGAGGCCAGUCAGAGUGCUGCAGGGAAAUGGCUUCAUGAGGCCAAGAGCUUCCAGAGCAGAGCUGGGAGCCUCGGUACCUUGUGUGCAUAGGGUAUAUCCCUUCACUACUGCACCUGAGGUGCGGGAGGCCUUUCCGUGGUUCAGCAGGUUUAGGGAGCUGCAAGGACGUGAACUAGAAACCCUUCCAGAAGGCACUAAAGAUAGCUCAUAUUUCAUUUGAGUUUCAUUAACCAGUUGCUUAGGGUGUUGGGGAACAGGUUAUCUGGGGGGCAGUGGUUAGAGCACCCGGGCAAACGCCUUUGGGGACCCCAUUUCAAAGGAAGCUUCGCUGUGCUUCCUUCCCACUUGGAGUCUUGGAGUUGCAACUUUGGUCUGCAGCAGAGAUGUGCAUUCUGCCGUAGCUGGGCUCUGCCCCUUCCUCCACCCCCAGGUUUGACGGGGACGUUAAAGCGGAAUGUUUCGGGGAACACGCUCUUCCGCGCCCCCACAUUUCCUUGACUCCCAAAGAGUUUGAGGUGGUUUCAGAUCCAUUAGCUCUGGCAUUUCUGCGGAAUAAAUUGCUUAAUGGUUUUGACUGGAGUUCCGAUGUCAGUGCCUUUCAGGACUGACAAAAUCAUGCUGUGACUUCUAUCCCCGGAACACCUAAAUUACCGCCGGCCUCCCAUUUCCUCCUAAGAGGCUGGCUUCCAGGAGUCAGCCUGGCCCCUUCCCCUGCAGUUCCUGGAGAUCACCUAAUUGCCGAAUCCUGGGAUUUUUGAUUGAUUGAUUGUUUCACCUGGUCACUUUUCUUAGCCUGGUUCUUGCCUUCCUUCCUCAGUUUCCUUUCUAGGGAGGCAGAUAGCACAUGGGGUGAUCAGCAGGAAUGCAGUUUCAGGGGGGAAGCAGUAAAGGGAGCCUCAGGGAACCACUCAAUCCCGUGCCCUAAAAUGGGUCGUCCCCACACAAGUAGUAGAAAAAUAAUAAUGAUGGCAUUUAAAUGUUUACUAUGUGCAAAGCACUGUUCUAAGCGCU